CGGUCAGAAUAGAGCACCAUGGGAGCGGUGGUUAUAGACGACAAUCCAAGUAAUGUGAAGGCCCCCGAUGGCGGCUGGGGCUGGGCUGUGCUCUUCGGAUGUUUUGUCAUCACCGGAUUCUCCUACGCCUUCCCUAAGGCGGUCAGCGUCUUCUUUAAGGAACUCAUCAGGGAAUUCGGGAUUGGAUACAGUGACACAGCAUGGAUUUCUUCCAUCUUACUCGCAAUGUUAUAUGGAACAGGUCCCCUGUGCAGCAUUUGUGUGAACCGCUUUGGGUGCCGGCCGGUAAUGAUGGUCGGCGGCCUCUUUGCCUCCCUCGGGAUGGUGUGUGCAUCGUUCUGUACAAGUAUCAUCACCGUUUAUCUCACUGCUGGAGUCAUCACAGGUUUGGGCCUAGCUUUGAAUUUCCAGCCUUCCCUCAUCAUGUUAAACAGAUACUUUGACAAACGCCGGCCACUGGCCAAUGGCCUAGCUGCGGCUGGAAGCCCCGUCUUCCUCUGUUGCCUGUCUCCCUUGGGGCAGAUCCUCCAGUUCGAGUUUGGUUGGCGUGGUGGCUUCCUUAUCCUCGGGGGUCUUCUUCUGAACUGCUGCGCAUGUGGUGCACUAAUGAGACCCCUGGAAUCAUCAAAGAAAGUGGAGGAGACCAAAGAAGUCCAAAAAAAGGCACCAAGAAAGCUUCUGGACUUCUCAGUGUUCAAAGACCGGGGCUUCGUCAUCUACACGAUUGCGGCCUCCAUUAUGGUUUUGGGGCUUUUCGUGCCACCUGUUUUUGUGGUCAGCUACGCAAAAGACAUUGGCAUUGAAGACACAAAGGCGGCUUUCCUCCUCACCAUCCUCGGAUUUGUCGACAUAUUUGCCAGACCCACCUGUGGCAUCAUUGCGGGUCUUCAAUGGGUGCGGCCGCGCUGCGUCUAUCUGCUCGGCUUUUCCAUGAUAUUUAAUGGUUUUACCGAUUUGAUGGGCUCUAUGGCGGAUACCUACGGGGGCUUGGUGGUCUUCUGUAUCUUCUUUGGGAUCUCGUACGGGAUGGUUGGCGCUCUGCAGUUUGAAGUCCUCAUGACCAUUGUCGGCACGCAAAAGUUCCCCAGCGCUAUUGGAUUGGUGCUUCUGGCGGAGGCUAUAGCGGUUCUGGUCGGACCUCCAUCAGCAGGAAAGCUAUUGGAUGCCACCCACAAAUACAUGUUCGUAUUCAUCAUCGCCGGCGUGGAAGUGGUCACAUCAGCCUUGGUCCUGACUACCGGCAACUUCUUCUGCAUCAAGAAGAAACCCGAAGAGCCCCAUUACACAGAGGGGACCGCAGAAAUCGGGGAGCUCAAUAAACUGAAAGACAAGGCCCCCGAGGACGAGAAGCCGGAGCCGACCGAAGCAGAACAGUUUGUGAAAGAGGAAGAGAAACAGAACGGGGAAAUGGUGACGAAUCCCGAGACGUGUGUGUGAGGAACAACAACGGGAGGCCUAGUGAAUUGGAUUUCUAUGAUUAGCGUUUUAUUAGGGCUGUGCCAAUUAUCUAUCACCUUCCAGUUAUUCGGGGCCGCGCGUAUAUUCAUCACA